AUGACGUUCACGCCCCCGAGCGACGAGUCGAGGGCGAGGCAGGACGAGUACCACGCUUUUGCCCGCGGGAUCGCCGCACAGCCCGCGCUCGAAAACACCAUCAGCUUCCAGCAGCCACCCCCCUCCCAGACUCAGCCACCGGGCACCAUGUAUCCCCCGCCCGGCUACCCGUACCCGCCGCACCCGGCCCUGUGGAGCAAGACCUCUCCGCCAGAGCUCAGCCAGGCCGCCCCGCUGCAGAUGCCCUCAGACACCGAAAGCUCUGGCAGCAGCCACCGCAGCUCCUCACGAAGCCACGACAACGGCCUCACACUCGACCUCUCUUCCUAUCCCAAAGACUUCAAGUUCCAGAUCCCUUCCUUCUUGACCAGCAAUUAUACCGGAGUGCCCACCUGGCCCCCAGGCGGCGAGGCGUGGAGCGGCUUUACGGGACCACCCCUCUUUGGUUCGGAUGGUCAGAUGACCCCCGGCAACAUGUUGAACAGUUCAUUUUGCUCGAACGGCGGGCCUGUCCAGACCCAGUCCCACGACCCAUAUUAUUCGCAGAACGGCGUCUACGACUGGAACGGGAUGGGUGGCGAUGGGGCCAUGAAGCAGGGGCAGGACAUGGGCGGGUACGGAAUGGUUUACGUCAACCCCAACCCUAGUCCGAGCGUAUUUGGCCAGAGAAAUCAGGCCAACAAUGCUCAACGGCCUCAAGCGCCCCAGCAGCCUGGGUCCAAUGGCUCUACGCCCAGGAUGGCUGGUCCUCAGCAAUCCAACGGGUCCCACCAGAGCCAUGGACCGGGGCCGCCACAACCUACGACACUCCAGCCCCCUAGUCAUCAACACAACUCCACUCCCUCUCCCCGCAUGUCCCAGCCGCCAUCGUCCGGCGCCAUGCCCACCUCCGCCAUCCUUCCUGGGCGACCCGAAUACCCAAACAACACACACGCCCCCACCCACCAAUCCAGCAUCCACAACAUCCCCUCCAUCUCCAUCCCUACUGACGGGAAAGGUGGUCCGAUCAACUUUGCUUCGUCCUCGCAAGCGCCAUAUGUGCCCUCGCUCAAUGCGCAGGCAAUGUUGCAGGGUGGAUAUCCCUCGGCGCUGCAUGAUGGGCCGGGGCUGUACUCGACUACAGGAUUCGACAUGUUGGGUGUGCUUGGGAGAGUCGCGGCGAGAAAGAAUCCGAGUACGGUUCUUGGGCCCGUGGAUCUGAGUUGCAGUUUGUUGGUCGUCGACAUUCGACGGUACGACUGCCCCAUCGUCUACGCCAGCCCGAGCUUUACCAAACUCACUGGCUACGAACUUCCCGAGAUUAUUGGCCGCAACUGCCGCUUCCUUCAGAGCCCCGACGGCAAUGUCGUCAAAGGCGCCAAGCGCGAAUACACCGACAACCAGGCUGUCUCCCUGCUCAAGCGCUCGCUUGAUGCCGGAAAGGAAUGCCAGACAUCGUUGAUAAACUACCGCAAGGGUGGUGACCCGUUCAUCAACCUGGUCACUGUCGUUCCCAUUCCCUGGGAUGGGCCCGAUAUUGCGUACCAUGUCGGAUUCCAGAUCGAUCUCGUCGACCAGCCGAACAAGAUUCUCAACAAUAUACGCAAUGGCUCCUACACGAUGGACUAUACCCAUUCUAUCGCGCCCGAGAAACCAUUGUCGCUUGCGGAUCAAGAGCAUGGUGGCCAAUCUAUGGGACUGAGUCCGGAUGUCUUGGAGGUUAUGGGCAACAGGGCGAGUGCUUUGAGCAAUGGGACGGAAGAGGCUGGUAGAAUGGAGUGGUUGAAGAUGGUUUUGGAUAACACGGAUGACUUUGUGCACGCCCUUUCACUCAAGGGUUUCUUCACCUAUGUCACCCCAUCCAUCAAGCGUACGCUUGGUUACGACCCCGAAGACUUGCUCAACAAGAAUGUCUCCGAGUUUGCACACCCCUCCGACGUCGUCCCUCUUAUCCGUGCGCUGAAAGACGCCACACAAAUCACCGACGACGCCACUCCCAAGCCAGUCAGCCUCACUUAUCGUAUGCGCCGCAAGAACGGCGGAUGGGUCUGGGUCGAGAGCAUGGGUAGGCUGGUCGUGGAAGCCGGCAAGGGCAGAAAGGCCGUCAUCCUUUCAGGAAGGGUAAAGAGUGUGCCGAUGGUGACUUGGGGAAGCGUUGCGGCGUAUGGCGGGUUGGCCGAGAAGGAGUUCUGGGCCAAGAUCUCUUUCGAAGGAUUGCUGCUGCAUCUUACCGGCAGUGUCGACAAGGUGCUCGGGUAUGCGUCCGAGGACAUUCUUGGACAGAGCGUGUUCUCGCUCGUGCCCGGUGGCACGAACGGUCCUUGCUCCUUGCGCGAUCUGCAUAACGAAUCCAGCUCUUCCAGCCCCUCUGUCAUCAUUGCCAACACCAUUCGUAAGGCUCUCCAAGGGGAGGACCAUUGCGGUGCGGUCUCACUCCAGCAAAAUCUGGUACAUCGCGCCGGCCACGAGGUCACCGUGGUGAUCAUGUUCUAUGCUCCCAAGAAAGGCCAGGAAAGCCGUGCUUUACCGCAGGCUUCCGAGAGUAUGACAUCCAUCUCCACCGACAACUCUACCGGCCCCUCUCCCUCCUCUGGAAACCAUACGAAUUCCAUAAAACCUACCAGCCUGUUUAUUCAGGUCAAGCUCUUGUCUCACGCAAACAGCCAACCGGCUUCGCAACCUCCUACUAUCGCCUCCAUGACCAAUGCCCGUGCUCUUGACAGGCCACAGCACGAAAAUGUCUUGGCAGAGCUCGAGAUUGAAAAGGACACGAGCUGGCAAUAUGAGCUGCAUCAGAUGAAGAUGACAAACAGACAAUUGAAGAAGGAGAUCGCGGCGUUGAGGGCAAAGGGCGUUGGGAGGAUCAAAAAGAGAAAGGCGGAAGUUGUCGAAGAACCAGAGGAAGACCAUAAGCGACCUCAGUCUAUGGGUGUGGGGACGUUUGGGAUGGGGGGGCAGUUCUAUUAG